AUGGCGCAUGGCUUAUCGGUUACAGAGAAAAUCUGAUGGAUGGCAACAUUCAAAUCGAAAUCCAAACAAUCGAAACAGGCCCAGAAAUUUUCACGUCAGAUCAGAUUUCGCCAGGAGACCACCAGGCUCAGGCCAGCCUACCCGAAAACCGCCGUGUCCGUGCUGUGGUUCCCCGAAUCAUGGAGUAUGGGCCUGCUUGGUUUUCCAACAGAAAAGUUACGAUGACAAAUGGACACUGGCUAAAGAAAAACGAUUGUGUUUCCGGUGUUUAGGUGAUGAUCACCAGGAAAGUUCUGUACGAAGUCACAAACCUGCCAAAUCAACGGUUGCCGGGAAAUCACCACCGUCUCUUGCAUGAGAAUCCGCCUGCCACGAACCCACCCAUGGGGACUGCUCAACCAGUGAUCAGCUCUAACAGCUACCCGUCAUUUACUCCAUGGGAGGGGCAGUCGGCCCGUUUUAUCACCCGAGGGUGAGGACAGUCGUGCCUCGCGAGACGAUGACUACUCACAACCCGAGAAGCCCAAAAGAAGCUACUCACUGCGCACCGUUCCGUGUGGGUGAAGGCACAAGGAAAAAAAGCUUAAAGUGAAUGCAAUCCUAGAUGAUGCCUCAAACGAGACAUUCUUGAACGAAGAAGUGGCCGGAGCCCUUGGACUAAAGGAGUCUUAUCAAACCGUGAAAGUUCAUGUAUUGAACAAUUCUGUAGAGACGUUUCAGACUAUGCCGUUAAAAGUAGAGAUCGAAAGUGUUAAUGGUCAGUUUACAAAGGAAAUUGAAGUUAAGACCUGUCCCCGCAAUGUCACUGGAAAUUACCAAGUGGAGAAUUGGAAUGCGAAUAAAGGCAAGUGGCCUCACCUUGCACAGUGCGACUUCGCGUCACCAGCAAAAGACGGCUUGGUAGAUUUGUUGAUCGGUGUUGAUAAUGCUGACUUGCAUUACUCGCUUGCUGAUGUACGUGGAAAGGUGGGUGAACCGUGGCGGCGCUUUGGGUCCGCUUGGGUGGACUUGUAUCGGACCUCCAGAUGGUAG